AUGUCUCUGUCACUUCUCGCCCGGGGAGUUGUUACCGGCGGCUUCGGCGCUCUGAACGGUUACUGGGGCCAAUAUAGCGAUGAUCGGCUGAGCCAGUAUUGCGACACAGGAAUUGAGUAUGUGACUCUGAGUUUUGUGAACAAGGCACCGGAACACAGUGCAUCCGGUUACCCUGGUACGAAUUUUGCUGGACACUGUUGGGCUGGAACAUACAAGAACAAGGACAAUGUUACCUCGGAGCUGCUCAGCGAAUGCUACUACAUGAAGCAGGAUAUCAACUACUGCAAGUCGAAGGGUGUCAAGGUUCUUCUCGGUAUUGGUGGUGUUUACAACACCGGCGACAGCAACUACGCGGUUUCGACCGAGCAGAAUGGCGACGAUUUUGCAGAUUUCCUGUACAAUGCCUUCGGACCGUACAAGAAAUCUUGGGACGGACCUCGACCUUUCGAUGCCAGCACUGACGACCACACUUCUGUUGACGGAUUUGAUUUUGACAUCGAAGCCACCUUGGAUAACAAGCCUUACAUUAGCAUGAUUGAGAAAUUCCGCAGUCUUGACUCCUCCCUGAUUAUCACCGGAGCACCUCAGUGCCCCUCCUCGGCUCCUUAUUUUGACAUGCAAGAGAUGAUCCAGAAAGCAAAGUUUGACGCGCUCUUUGUCCAGUUCUACAAUAAUGACAACAACUGCAAUACCGACGACAAGUUCAACUACGAUGACUGGAUCAAUAUCGUCGACUCUAGCGACAAGAGCCAGAACGCCAAGAUCUUCAUCGGUCUUCCCGCGAGCAGCGAUGCGGCUUCUGCGGGUUACAUCGACCCCGCGGCAGUCAAGGACCUGGUGUGCCGCGUCAAGGAUAAGAAGCAUUUCGGAGGUAUCUCGCUGUGGGAUCUGACCCGUGGUGCGACAAACGUCGUUGACGGAAAGACUUUCAACCAACGUGUUCAGGAGGCUUUGAAGUAUGGAUGCGACCCGGUUCCAACUGUGUCAACUACUCCGGCAGUCGCAGCGACUCCAGUUUCAUCCUCGUCUGUCUCGUCGACCCCUACACCGGUUUCGUUGGCUUCAACAACCUCUGCUUCAGCUUCGUCAACGCCAGCUUCGUCUAUCCCCUCAACCACUUCAGCGCCCGUUUCUACUCCAUCAUCUACUCCAGUCUCAUCCGCAGGAAGCACCACGCCAGGAACCACGGGAGCUUCUACGAGUAUGUCAUCCGCCGUAUCUAGCACACCCUCAUCGAGCAUUGCUGCUUCUGCGAGCACCCCGGAACCGAGUAGCACUCCUUCGUCGACUGCUGCCGCUGCAUCAGGUGCUGGAGCUUCCGGAACUCCCUCAUCUAGCGCAACUCCUUCAGCCAGCGAAACUCCAUCAGAGGCCGCCAGCAGCUCAGUCAAUGAAACUCCCUCAGCCAGCAUCACUCCAUCGUCCAACGUUACUCCUUCAGCUGGUAGUACUUCCUUAGCGAGCGGAACCCCUUCAGACAACAGUACGCCUUCUGCUAGCGUAACCCCCUCGGAUAGCAAUACGCCUUCUGCCACCGUGACUCCUUCAGACAGCGACGUUUCUUCGACUAGUGAAACCCCUUCUGCAAGCGCCACUCCUACAACCAGUUCUACUCCUUCUGCCAGCAACACACCAUCAACUGACGUUGGUACAUCAGCUGCUCAAACCCCUUCUGCCAGCGAAACCCCUUCUGCCAGCGAAACCCCUUCUGCUAGCGAAACCCCCUCGCCCAGCGGAACUCCUUCAGCUGUUAGCACUCCUUCAGCUGUUAGCACUCCUUCAGCUGUUAGCACUCCUUCAGCUGUUAGCACUCCUUCAGCUGUUAGCACUCCUUCAGCUGUUAGCACUCCUUCAGCUGUUAGCACUCCUUCAGCUGUUAGCACUCCUUCAGCUGUUAGCACUCCUUCAGCUGUUAGCACUCCUUCAGCUGUUAGCACUCCUUCAGCAACUGAGACUCCUUCAGUCAGCGAAACUCCUUCAGCUACCGAUACUCCUUCCGCUAGUAACACUCCUUCCGCUGGCGAAACUCCCGUUGCUAGCGGAACUCCUUCAACUAGUAGCACUCCUUCAGCAACUGAGACUCCAUCAGCCAGCGAAACUCCUUCCGUUAGCAACACUCCUUCCGCUGGCGAAACUCCCGUUGCUAGUGGAACUUCUACCGAUGGAGCUUCUUCAACUGGUGUGACGCCUUCGAACAAUGCUACGCCUUCAGGCAAUGCCACACCUUCGGCUGACGGAACCCCUUCAGCUAGCAACACUCCUUCAGUGAGCGUUGCAACUUCAGCUGUUGAAACCCCCUCUGUCAUUGAGACUCCCACUUCCGGCGAAACUCCUUCGGCCCAAGUUACCCCUUCGGCUGUUGAGACACCUUCGGCCAGCAACACUCCUUCAGUUAGUGUUGCAACUUCAGCCGGUGAAACUCCAUCAGCCACUGUUACCCCUUCAGUCGUCGAAACCCCUAUCGUUGAGACUCCUACAUCUGGCGAAACCCCUUCUGUGAGCGAAACCGCUUCAAUUAAUGGUACCCCUUCAGCCGGAAACUCUCAAUCAACCGGUACUCCUUCAGCUGGCAACAGUCCCUCGGCUAGUACUAUUCCUUCAAGUGGUGUUACUCCUUCAGCUACUACAGGUGCCUCAACCGGUAGCACCUCUUCAUCAGCUAUCGGAACACCUUCGGCUACGUCUGACCCGGCUCCUUCCACCACAGCUGGCUCAAGCACACCUGGGGCGUCAACUCAAGGUAACACAGGAGCCAGCGGUAUUGUCUCUGCUUCAUCGACACUGUCCUGGUCCAACUCUACCAUGACAACACAAAACACGGCACCGGCCAGCCAAUCUACAGGGGUUCUCACAUCUGCAGGAUCUUCCUCCGUCAUCGGCACUGCGUCAACCAAUACUCAAGGCAGUACUGCACUCGCUAACACUCAAGGCGGCGCUUCCUCUACCCUGCUCGGGUCUAGUUCUACAGCUUUAGCCGGAAGCGGUGCUGCUUCCAGUACCAGUACCGGCCUGGUUUCAACCACUACCGGUGGGGGCUCUAACAACAACGGUGGUCAGAAUGGCAAUGCAGGUUCAACGGCAGCCGACACAACUAAGACGGCCGGAGGCUCGGCAACCACCCAGGCCAGUGGUCCUGCUACUACUCAGCCACCCCAAGGUGCGAACGGCUGGACAACGAGCACUGUAUUCGCUACCACAGUCAGGACCAUUACCAGCUGCCCAGUGUACGUUGACUGCCCCAAGGGUGGUUAUGUCACCACUGAGACCAUUGCGCUGUACACUACAGUCUGCCCCGUCACCCAGACGGGAGGCGUACCGCAGACGCAGCCAACUGGCCAACCCAGUGCCCCCUCAUCAAAGCAACCCGAAGGCAGUGCCCCAGUUCAGACAAGGACUGUUGGCAGCAACGUCCAGCAACCGACUCAGUCCACUGCCGCCAAUGGCCCUGCUACAAGCAACGCACCCAAUAAUGGCGGCAAUGCAGGCCAGAGCCGAACCCAGACUCAAGCCCAGACCCAAACUCAGACUCAGAGCCAGGUCGCGGCAUCAAGCAGCCAGACCACUCCCGCAGUACUUCCCACUGUUUCAGGUUUCAAGACAACCGUCGUUCUGCAGCUUGCUUCAAGCUCUACAACCGCCACCACCACUGCCAGCCAGAAGGCCAGCACCACCGCUGCACCAGCCAAGGCGGGUGCUUCCAAUGUGGCGGUCGGGCUGGGAGGAAUCGUGCUGGUCAUGUGUCUUCAGUUGCUCGCCCUGUAA